UAUUCCUCCCGUUAACAGGAGGCACCCGUCACUUGCUCAGUUUCCAGCGGGACGGCCGUGGCGACCGGCCGCGGUAUUUGUACAAUUGUUCCUCCCUCUACCGUUCACCAAGGCUGACGGGGUCUAGGAUUGUACAGGCGUGUUGACAACGCUGAAAAGUCGCCUUCCUGUGGUGCAGAAAGACUUAGGAGGAACGCUGGGCGUCUUCGAGACAGGAAAAACACACAAGAAACUUGAGCGUUGGGGUAGCGGAGCACAAGCGAUGACUGGACCGUAUUACACACGAGUUAUCGGAGAGAGGUGAUAUGCGAUGCUAUGCAAGCCCUCGCUCGGAGACAAGUCAUUGGGAAAUUAUAACCGUCAACAUGGUGCUGGAUUUUCUGUGGGAUACCGACGUUACCAAAUCUAGAAGGGUACAAGAAAUAAGGACAACUGAGAGCGUGUGAGAGUUUGUGUUUUCAAGAAUUUGUUCACGGACUGAAAAAUCAUCAAGCGUUACUUGGAGACAAAAAAUGGGCGAUUUGACAGUGGUGGAAGUGUACGAAGCAGGAGGUUGUAGUAUGGACUUCACGGAUCACGAUGUGCUGCAAAUAGAGAGUGCGUUUCGCAGCUACAAGACAGAGGUGUACGUGUGCGCUGGACUCGCCAAUCUAUACUUUGCCAGCGUCCAAGACAUGGCCGACAUGCAGGGUUGGAAGUACCACUCGACAGGAAUUCCCACCGUGGUGUUCGACACGGGCGACUGUCCACGCCGUAAGCGGAAGCUGAGAAUCCUCCUGGCCGAGAGAGGCACCGGCUUCAUCCUCUGGCAGGACUGCGUGGACAACUACACCAACUACAAGGCCCCGGACAAGGGUUUCCACACCAUGAUGGUGUCCACGGAUCGCAGAAAACUGGCGGGCUUCAGUUUUGACGACGAGCAGGCCGCGUCGGACUUCCUACGGACAAUCUGGACGCUCACGACCAACCCGGACGUGGUCAGCCCCAUGAGGACCAGAGAGAAGAAGCACCGAAAGAAGGAGGGAGGGAAGGUCAAGUUCAAACUGCCCAAGAAAUGCGAUAUCUCGCAGCCAUGUUGUUUCCAGCAUAUCAUCGCGGUGGAGGAGAAGGAUCGUGACGUCAUCCCCAGCCUAGGGAGGCUCUGUCCCAGGCCCCCGUUCAAGCAUGCGCAGAAAGCGACGUCAGACGACAAUUCUGCGUCCGAUACUUGCGACAAAGACAGUUCUAGUUACUCGUAUUAACUUUACAGUAGCCAAACAAAAAUGGUACCAGGCAAUAUACCAAAGAUCAAUACUAAAGUAGGCAGGACCGUAACGGUUGAAAGACCACAGGCCUAUUCAUCAACUCCAAAUGUCAAGAACUUCAACAGCUUUUUAGCUGGAAGACUAUAAUAGUAUAAAAGCAGCGGUGGUCCUAAAAGGACAGGUUUCCGCAAUGUAGCCGAUUGCUGGCCAAUCGGAGAUCGCGUAGCUGUCGCUUUGGUGACAGACGCCGCCAUGACAGCUGAGGUGGCGGGAAAAAAGCUGCAGACGAUAAUUUCAUAGAGCUGACUAAAAAAAUAAUUUUCAUUGAGGCUUUUGUAUGCCAGGGCCUUCUCACGGGAAAGGACCGCAAGAAAAGAGCCGGGGGAAAUGUGGGAACCAUCUACAGCCCCCCGCAGACGACAUCUGUAUAUUUGUGAGUGUGGGGCGCUGAUGGCGGGAACAUCUGCAGACGAUAUUCAGGACAUUUUCAGACGACAUCUUGACUGGAACCACCUUACGCAAAUCUGGACUGCUAGACUACAUCUGUGAGGAUUUUUCGCAGGCGAGAAUCACUCCACUCAGUGCAAAUUGUGUGUCAAAAUAACUGUUGUUUCCCACGGCGAAAAAGAAAGGAAAGGACUGCGUCCAAUGAAAACAAACGUUAGCGUUAUGUGGGAAUGUUUAAGCGGUGUGAUCAACAUAUUAUGGGGUUGCCAGCGCUGGGAGAGAAAUACAGGCGGUUGUUUUGGGUCGUUUCCAAGUAAUAUAUUGUCUUAAGAUUUCAUCAAGGAAGGAAUGAAGGAACACACGGUCUACUGAGUUUCGUUUGCGAAAACCAGAUUACCCACAAUCCAUCACUCGGCACCUGUUGUUUUGCUGGGGAUGCUCAGCUUCCCUCAAGUACACAUGAUAUAAAGUC